UGCUUUUCCCUCGGUCUUAUUCUGACGCCACAGUGAAUCAAGGGUCAGUAGGCUACUUUAUAAAUUCAGGGGAGCAGCUCUCGCUCCGCCCACAGUUGAGUUGCUUGCAGCACGAUAAACAUUGUUUCUUUCUUCGAGGCAUCAAAGAGUUGCAGUAUGACCCGUCGUGUGGCAGUGAUCGGAGGAGGGUCUUCAGGUCUGGCUUGCAUAAAGUGCUGUUUGGAUGAGGGGCUGGAGCCUGUCUGCUUCGAAAGCAGCGAUGACAUUGGUGGUCUGUGGAGGUUUAAGGAGAAUCCAGAGCCAGACAGGGCCAGCAUCUACCACUCUGUCAUCAUCAACACCUCAAAGGAGAUGAUGUGUUUCAGUGACUUUCCCAUCCCUGCACACUUCCCAAACUUCAUGCACAACUCCCUCAUCAUGGACUACUUUCGGCUGUAUGCUGACCACUUCCAGCUCACCAAGCACAUACGCUUUAAUACCAAAGUCUUGCAAGUGAAGCAGAAAUCAGAUUUUUCUCAUUCAGGCGAGUGGGUUGUUGAAACAGAGAACAAGGAUGGCAAGAAAGAGAAGCACAUUUUUGAAGCUGUGAUGAUCUGUAUUGGACAUCACUGCUACCCCAACAUGCCUCUUCAUGACUUUCCAGGCAUUGAAACUUUCACGGGGAAGUAUUUCCACAGCAGAGACUACAAGACUCCUGAGGAGUGGAGGAAUAAAAAGGUCGUGGUGAUUGGAAUUGGAAACUCUGGAGGAGACAUAGCAGUGGAACUGAGUAGAGUCACCAAGCAGCUUUACCUGAGCACUCGAAGAGGAGCCUGGGUUCUGAACAGAGUUGGAGACAAUGGGGUGCCCCUUGACCUGACUUUUAAUAGAAUCCUGGAUAUCCUGAGGAAAAUCCUUCCCUUUGAUUUUUUCUGUAGUAUGGCAGAGAGCCGGCUCAACCAAAGAUUCAAUCAUGGUCUUUACAAUCUAAAGCCAAAGCACAGGCUGUUCAGCCAACAUCCCACAGUGAAUGAUGAGCUUCCCAAUCGCAUCCUCUCUGGAACAGUUCAGGUCAAACCCAACAUCCGCAGAUUUCAAGGUUCCAGUGUGGAGUUUGAUGAUGGCAGUGUAGUGGAAGAUGUUGACCUGGUGGUGUUUGCUACAGGAUACCGCUUUUCCUUUCCAUUCCUGGCUUCACAGGUGGUCUCAGUGUCUAACAACAAAGCAUCUCUGUACAAAUAUGUGUUUCCUCCUGAGCUCGAACGCCCCACGCUGGCUAUCAUUGGUCUAGUGCAGCCACUGGGAGCCAUUAUGCCCAUCUCUGAGAUGCAGGCCAGAUGGGCUACACGUGUCUUCAAAGGCUGCAUAAAGCUUCCUUCAGCAGCUGCCAUGCUAAAAGAUGUUCAGUCUAAGCAGGAGGCCAUGGCUCAAAGGUAUGUCACCAGUCAGAGACACACCAUCCAGGUGGACUACAUCAGCUACAUGGAUGAAAUAGCAGAGCUGGUGGGAGUUCAACCCAACAUCCCAAGAAUGCUGCUGACUGACCCCAGGCUGGGAAUGAAUGUGCUCUUUGGUCCCUGUACGCCGUACCAGUAUCGUCUCAGAGGGCCAGGAAAGUGGGCUGGAGCCCGCCAGGCCAUCCUCACUCAGUGGGAGAGAAUGGCUCAACCUAUGCAGACCAGGCCAUGUGAUGAGCCCAAACCCAGUAGAUCGUAUAAGUGGCCUCUGCUUCUGUCAGCUGCUGCUGUGGGCUCGGCUGCCUACAUUAGCCAGAACAACCUUCCAGCUUUCCUACAGGAUCCCACCGCUUUGCUGGACAGGGUUAAAAUGUACCUGCCUACACAAUGAUGGAAACUUCAUAACUGAUCAGCUUUGAUUGAUCUGUUAAUACCUGUACAUGUAAGUCAGGUUUUUGCACCAACUUAUGAAAUGUGUGACUUACUGAGCGAUGCAAUUGUGUAUUAACAUCAAAGACCAGCUGAUCUUAAAUGACUAAAAGCUACAGUUACAGCUACAUUCAUGUGUAUUGGUUCGGGUUUCUUGCUUUAUACCUUCAGAAUUGUGUAACUGGAAAGAUCUCCUUUUUCAAUUACACAAUUUCUGCAGGUUAUUUGUUUUAACCCUUAACAGGAUGCUGUGACAUAGAAUGUAAUUUGAACCGAUUAAAAGAGAAAAAAAAAAUUUCCAACAAAAAAAAGAAAAUACAUUAAUAGCACUUUAAUCCAGAUUUGUUUCCAAUAUGAGAGCAUAAACAUGGGUAAAAAGAAAUUAUGCUAGCACAAAUUGCCAUUGUAGAGGGGUAAACUGUUGUUAUCCUUUUCUUUAACAUCAGCAGUGUUUCUUUACAUUCACAUGCUGCUCUGUUUUCUUUUUUUAUAUUGAUCGAAGUAUUCAAAUGUUUUUACAACAUUACUGAUAGACAGCACAGCUGGUUUACUAUUCUUUCUUUCUAAUAAAAAUAAAUCACAGUGUGGUCACAUCUUUCACUACAUUAUUUAAAUGUUGUUUUAUCCAUUACUCUGUCCCAGUGACUCUAAAGUAUGAAAAACCUGACCCAUAACUAUAAAUAAAAGUUCAGCACUUGAAACAAA